GCUAGCAACACUGGUGGUAUCUAACUCUGUGAUUGUGGGUGUUUGUUGUGGAAAAAUAAUUGAAAUAAAUUAAAUUACAAUCGAAAAUGCCUAAUUUAGUGCCUGAGUGAUGCGUAAUAAUGGCAGCAACUAACGACGAAGAAAUCCUAGAGGGCUUCCUUUGCCCCAUAUGUAAGGCGGACUUAAAAUCUGCGACGCAACUUACGAGCCACUUUGAGAGCCUGCACCAAGAAGAACAGGAUGUUUUGAAAUCAUUAAAGGACAUAUUCGGUAAAGCAAAGAAAGUUAUAUUGAAUGCUGACGAUACCCAAUUGAAAGAAACCUUUGAUCGGGCGUUAAAGAACUCUCAAGAAUAUUAUCCAUAUGAAGAGCAGACGAUUGGAGUGUCUCGGAGCUGCACCGAUUAUUUCAAAGCUGUACGCUCGGCGAGAUUAGAGAGAUACGCGACUGAAACUAAUAAGUUAUUGAUAAGGUUAGAUAAAUUAGUGUGUAAUAUGCCCAGCGAGCCCAACCAAAGGAAGCAACAUGAACAAGAAUUUCAAUCUUUACAGGUGGUACCAUGGCUAGACGGUACAUCAGUGAAGCUGUGCCCCAACUGUGCUAAAGCAUUCACUUUGACCAGGAGGAAACACCACUGCAGACUCUGUGGGUCCAUUCAGUGCCACGACUGCUCUGUGUUUUUAGACUUGAAUGUUGCCAGAACUAUAGUGGACCCAUCAGCACCACAAACAUCUCAAGAGCAUGAAGUAAAUGAGAAGAAUGGUUUGCGCCUGUGUGAGCAUUGCUACAAGCUCAUCGAGCUUCGUAAACAAGUGCAAGAGAACAGGAAUGCUAAAACGGCGCUUAUGACUGCUUAUGAACAAAUGCGAAGUCUUAUGGACCAGGCGAAGCCAGCUGUGGCUAUGUAUGAAAAGAUGUGUCAAAGUUUAUUCGACGGGGAAACGACCUACAACCUGUCAGACGUGAAUGCGAUGCGAGGCCGCAUCGGCAAGUUGGCAGAGGGGAUUGACUUAUUGAGCAAACAGAUUACGAGCUUCCCAGCCGAGCCCAACACGCGCCAAGCGAAGGUGCAGGAGCAUAUACGACAGGCUGCUGCUAUUUAUAUUAAGGAGCAACUGCUAUCCUUACGAAAGUUACCAACUGAGGCACAAAUAGAGGAAGUGAGAAGAGAACGAUACGAACGCGCUCAGAAACAAAUACAGCUCGAAAGAGAGAGAGUAGAGACGGAGAGAGAGUGGAGGAGUGAGGUGGAGUCCAGCGGGAGUCGGGUCAGUGGCCCCGACCAUGAUGACGAUAACCCUUUACUGGAGCAGAUGAAUAUCAUACGAGCCUACAUUAAAGAGGCACGGAAAGAGUUGCGGUUUGAGGAGGUGGCGAUAUUGGAAGCAAAUCUGAAAGAACUCAAGAAAGAAUACCAGCUUCAAAUGCUCUCAUACAAAUCCUAGUCAUUUCUAAUUCAUUAAUUGCUUUUCAUAUAAAUAUUUAUAAUUAUAUUCUAAGCACAUUUCGUAUUUAAAUUAGUUAUUGUUAUAAUGUAAUAAUAUUUAUUAUUAUAAUAUUUAAUUCUUACCGUCUCUAGUAGAUUUAAGAAUAAAGAGACACAAAUGGCA